AUGCACUUUUCUUCAAUCCUCACCCUGACCGCCAUCGCCUCGGUGGUCCAGGGCUUUGCUCCCCCCUCGGAGCAGUACCUCCAUAACCGACCCGACCAGAAGGCGAAGCGAGACGCCCCCAAGCCCGUCCUCAUGUCCUCCAACCGAAAGGUGGUCGUGGCCCAGCAGCCCGUCAACCUCGAGGCCUACACCAACUACUACAAGAAGGUUCAGAACGAGCACCACAAGCGACAGUUGUUCAAGCUCAAGCGACAUCUCGAGAACGAGGAAGAGCUGGCCAAGCGAGACCAGUGGAACGGUGGUGGCUACCACGCCCCCAUUAGCCCCGGUGGCUUCUCUCCCUUUGCUGUUGUCGACGAAAACAACAACGAGCUGACCGAGCGAGGCGACAUUCUCAACAUCAUUGGCGACAUUCUUGGCGGUGAGAAGGAUACCGACGCUAACUCCGCGGAGGACAGCUCUCUGUGGGCCAAGGAUGCUCCCCCUGUCAUUCACAUUCCUUCCCCCGGUCUCCUUGACCAGAAGAGAUACGCCUACCGAAACGACUACAAGGCCGACUACCUCAAGGUCCCCGAGUCUGACCACACCGUUGGCGGAAUCCUGGGAGUUGUCUCCGACGUUCUUGACAAGGCUGCCUCGGGCGCUGUUCAGCACAACGACAUCUUCUCGCAAAUCUUCAACGGACUCCUUGGCGACAAGCUUGGAGGAGACCACGAAAAGCGAGACCAGGUUGAGGUCGAGACCGUCACCCUGACCCGUCUGCACACCGAGUACAAGGUUGUUUGUGGCACUGAGGUGUCCACCUGCACCAAGACUGCCUCCGCUACUGGCGGCAGCAACAACGGCGGUAACAACGGCGGCAACAACGGCAACAACGGCAACAACGGCAACAACGGUAACAAUGGUAACAACGGUAACAACGGCAACAAUGGCAACAAUGGCAACAACAGCGAGAGUGGUUCUACCGCUGCGUCUGCCACCCAGUCCGGCGCCUUCUCCACCGGCUACGGCAAUGCCACCUCCCCUAUCACCACCGGCUCUGCCUCCCCCUCUUCCACUACCGCCGCUCCCGGCUCCUCUAGAACCGGCUCUUCCGAGUCCGCGUCCUCCAGCGCCGCAUCUUCCGGCGCUGCUUCCUCCGCAUCUUCCACCGUGACCUCCUCUGCCGCUACCCCCACUGCCACUGGCGACAAGUAUUUCGAGGCUGAGGUCUACGCCUUCUCCCUCUACUACUUUGUCGAUGCUUACCUGGGUACACCCGGCCAGAAGAACUCUCUGCUUGUCGACACUGGAUCUUCCGAUCUGUGGGUGAUUGAUGAGGCCAACGGUGGUCACUUCAACAAGAACGACUCGUCCACUUGGAAGCACCUCAACUGGGAUUUCAAGAACGCCUACCAGGCCGGUCAGAUUUCCGGAGAGUGGGGAACUGACUCCGUGACCAUUGACAAUGCCACUGUCCACGAUCUCGUCAUGGGUGUCGCCAACACCUCUGCUCUGACUUCCGGAGACAACGUCAUGGGUCUGCUUGGUCUGGGUUUCGAGGGUCUUGAGGGUACUCAGCAGACCGAUAUUGGCCAGUACAAGAACUACCCCCGACGACUGGUCGACUCCGGCCUCACUGACGUCGCUGCCUACUCCGUCUGGCUUAACUCCCGACAGACCGGCCAGGGUAACUUCCUGUUCGGUGGUGUCGACACCGCCAAGUACGAGGGCGAGCUGCAGACCAUUGACAUGCCCGACGUUGUUGUCGGAAACAUGCGAGGUUACCUCACCACCCACAUGACCAACAUUGCCAUCAACAACCCCAACGGCUCCGUUUCCAACCUGCCAAAGGACCUGUACGCCAUGUUCGACACCGGAGCUCCCUCCACCCUCCUGCCUGACGAUGUUGGACUUGCCUUCAAGGACCAGUUCAACCUGUCCUACAACUCUGCCUGGGGUCUGUACUACGGUGACUGCAACCAGGGAGGCACCUUCACCUUCACUCUUGGCGGCAAGGACUUCACCAUGGACGUCAAGGACUUUGUUGUUGACUGGGUGUCCGCCACCAUCCCCGAGGGUCAGUGCUUCUUCGGUAUCGGCCCCACUCGAGGAAAGAUGGCCAUGUUCGGUGACACUUUCCUGCGAUCUUUCUACGCCGUCUUCGAUCUUGACAACCGAAAGGCUUCUCUGGCCAAGGCCAAAACCGACAUCCAGGAGUCUAACAUCAUCGCCAUCCCCGCCGGUGGUGUUGAGCAGAUGAACCUUGGCAAGCGAGACCAGCUUGCUCCUGCCGAGGAGGUUGAGACCGUUUCCAUUCCUGCCGCUGCUGCCACAGCUUCUAUUCCUGCCUUUUAA